AUGAAUUUCACCCGCCAAUCUUCCGCGCCCUAUGGGCCCAGAUCCUACAAGGGCAAUGGAGGUGCUCGAAACUACCGUGGAAACAACAAUCACAACGGCAACGCACCAUUUGUGCCCAGUGAGCCCAGAUCCUACCAGGGCAAUGGAGGUGCUCGAAACAACCGUGCAAACAACAAUCACAACGGCAACUUUGUGCCCAAUGAGCCCAGAUCCUACCAGGGCAAUGGAGGUACUCGAAACGACCGUGCAAACAACAACCACAACGGCAACGCAUCUUAUGUGCCCAAUGAGCCCAGAUCCUACCAGGGCAAUGGAGGUGCUCGAAACAACCAUGCAAACAACAACCACAACGGCAACGCAUAUUAUGUGCCCAAUGAGUCCAGAUCUUACAAGGGCAAUGGAGGUGCUCGAAACUACCGUGAAAACAACAAUCACAACGGCAACGCAUCUUUUGUGCCCAGAUCCUACCGGGGCAAUGGAGGUGCUCGAAACUACCGUGCAAACAACAAUCACAACGGCAACACACCAUUUGUGCCGAGUGAGCCCAGAUCCUACCAGGGCAAUGAGACACCGGCAGAUGAGCCAAACGACAUCGAGAUGCCGGACGCACCGCCUCUUCCGGAUCCGAGGAUUGAGGCCUUUACAAUGGGUGCUCUGGCUGUUAAGCAAAUUGCCGAUACCAUGCUCAGACUAGCUGCGGACCUAGACCCCAGCUAUGUUCCCAACUGA